AUGAGACUAAAAGAUAUUACAGCAGAAGAAUGUGAGGUGAAAGGAGGAGAAGCUGUCGGACUUCAAUGUCAUUUCAAGCCAGAUGUCUACAUGCUAUCCGUACUUUUGACAUUCGGCACAUUCGCUUUGGCAUACGGCUUGAAUCGUUUUCGAAAUUCAAAGUAUUUCUUGUCAGCACUGCGCAAUGCUCUCAGUGAUUUUGGAGUUGUAAUUGCGAUAGCAGUAAUGACUAUAUUCUCACAUAUGAUCGGACUGGAUGUUCCAAGUCUCAAUGUGCCAAAACACUUCAAGCCAACAAUAGACCGCCCUUGGCUUGUGGAUAUAUUCCGCGUUAGUCCCGUUGUUGCUAUUGUCUCCUUCUUACCUGCUGCCUUCUAUACCAUCCUCAUCGUUAUGGAUCAACAAAUCACUGCCGUCAUUAUUAAUAGGAAGGAUAAUAUGCUCAGAAAAGGAGAAGGAUAUCACCUCGACCUCUUUGUAAUUGCCAUACUUGUUCUAAUCUGCUCAUUUUUGGGUUUGCCGUUUUAUCCAACAAUAGACCGCCCUUGGCUUGUGGAUAUAUCCCGCGUUAGCCCAGUUGUUGCUAUUGUCUCCUUCUUACCUGCUGCCUUCUAUACCAUCCUCAUCGUCAUGGAUCAACAAAUAACUGCCGUCAUCAUUAAUAGGAAGGAUAAUAUGCUCAGAAAAGGAGAAGGAUAUCACCUCGACCUCUUCGUAAUUGCCAUACUUGUUCUAAUCUGCUCAUUUUUGGGUUUGCCGUUCUAUGUGGCGGCAACGGUACUUUCAGUAAUGCAUGUAAAUUCUCUCCGACUUCACUCGGAAACAUCUGCACCUGGAGAAGUGCCGCGCUUCUUGGGAGUAAAGUUUGUCGUUUUUACUCACGUUACUCACAACUGCGACACACUUUUGCUUAUUUGCUUCAGAGAGCAGCGAUUGUCCGGGUUUCUUGCUCACUUUUUAAUAGGACUCUCAGUGCUAUUGACAGGAAUUAUAAAGGUGCUAUUGUUAACACCAAACUCCUUUAAGCUUGUGCCUUUACCAGUGCUAAUUGGUAUAUUUCUUUACAUGGGAGUUGUAUCCUUGUUAGGACAACAAUUUGUACAAAGAAUCGGUCUAUUGUUCACAUCG